AUGGAUGGUAGUCUAGGUUGGAUCAGGCUGGAUCGUAAAGACAUGAACAAGGUUAUCCGUAUAUGGGGACUGGACGUUAGUUACACGAUGAACGGUAUUAGGUUCCAGGACAACCCCUUCGGGAUCAUAAAGAAAUUGGUCACACCGGACACGCCGUUAGACAAUGGCAAAAUGCAGCAGUGGAUGCACCUGGCUCAUUAUAUGGGAUAUAGCCUUCGUGCAUUUGAGCGGCGAAACUGGAUCGGCCCAGGGAUUCUUGUGGAUGGUGGUGAUGUGCUAACGUUACCGUUCCAAGGGACGUGGCAGACGGCUGCUCAGGCUUACAAAAGGUUCCUUUUAGAGCAAGAUUAUGAGUAG